GUGAACACAUCUAGAGGCAACAAAUUCAAAAAAGAAAAUAAAUGCAAAUAAAACUAAAAUCGGCUAAGAUAUUCAUGCGGCAGUAAAUGUAAAAUAAAAAAAUCACAACUUUGAUGUUGGCUUAAGAUAUGCCAUAGCAAAAAAAAAAUAGUGUUGAUAAACUUUUUACUAAAGAAAAAACAACCAAAAACAAUGCUAACAACUAUUGUGUUGUAGUUUAAAAAGUGCUGGAAAGUUUUGUGUGAACCAAAAAACUUUGAAUUUUUAACUGCAAUUUGCGGAGCCCAGGCCCAUUGUCAAGAACUUGUCAAGCCAAAUCGUAAAGUCAAAAAAAAAAAAAGAAAAAGAAAGAAAACAACAAAAAAAAAACAAUGUCAAGUGUUGUGUUGUGCUGUUGUGAGGGCAGCGGCCGGCGUUUGCUAUUGCUGCUGUUGCUGUGCCUGCUCCUGAUGAUGUCCUGCGAUGCGGCACGCAUCAAUCGCUCGGCCUUCAUGGACGGCGACGUGCACUCCGAGGUGGUCGAUCCCAACAAUCGCACUAUCUGGAACAUGUUCAAUCUAACCGUCGAGCAGGUCAAUCGCAUUACCAACGGCAGCAAUCCCAGUGGCAAGGGCGAGACAACACAGGCAACCAAAAAUCAUUUGCUGGAUCACCUGGCCCGGCAGCGGAUUAACGAGAUACGCUCACGCAUACGGAUUGCCGUGUCCAAGCCGGAUGGCAAUGAAAGCCAGGCUCCGAUCGAGCAGAACCGAUCGUCGCACGCAAAGGCCGGCUAUCCGCUAUGCAAUGGCGAGACGACACCCCUCAACUGGCAGCAGUCGACCAAUGUGACCCUGCAGUUUGCCAGCAGCGUUUUCCAGCAGCAUGGCGACAAUCUCAACCUGGACAGCGCCAUUUUGCGCCUGUACAAGAUGAACCCAAAGGCAGCGGCGACAGGCGGCGCGGGGCAAGCAGCAGCAGCGUCAACACCAGCAGCGACUGAGGCAACUCCACCCUGUCGCGAACCCUUCCUCGAGUCGCAGAUACGCGUCACCGUGUCCAUUGUGCACCAGCAGAAGAAGAAACGUAAGUUAGAGCGCAAGAAGCGCACCUGCAACACAAUCAUGCUGAGCAGCACCAAGACCGGCUGGGUGGACAUCGAUGUCAAGUGCGCGCUCACCUACUGGGCACAGCAGGAGCAGCAGCAGCGGCAGCAACAGCAACCGCAGCAGCAGCAGCAGCAACAGCAACUGCAACAAACGCACUCGCAUCUGCCCAUUGAGGUGGGCCUGCUGAUGAUUGAGGUGCACGACGAUGAGGAGAAUCAAUUGCUGCCCGGACUCUAUUUUCAGCCACCCACUUGCGAUCAGGCAGAUAUUGCAGUCCCAUGGUCCGUCUACGGACCAGGAACGACUAUGCCUAGUAUGGAAAACAACACAGUGUCCAGAUGCCCAAGAUUAGACGUUAGAUUCUUGGGUAACGGUCUGCUGACGAACAAGAGCUUUGAGAACCGAACCAAUGGCAGACUGGAGACCCUAAAGCAUCAGGUGCUCCAUCAAUCGCGCAGUCGGGAGCAUUUCAAUACCGAAUCAACCACAUUGAAUUCACCCACAAUUGACAACAAUCUGGAGAAUAGCGAGAACGAGAGCGAGGAGAAGGAGCAAAUACAUCAUCAUCGUCGGCGUCAUCAUCAUCAAAGUGUUGAAUGUGCCGCUGCAAUGGACGCUGAUGAAUCCUAUCAGCAAUCGGAAUCGCAACAUCACUCACGGGCGCAUCAUAACCACCAUCACCACCAACAACUACACAACAAUCAGAACCACAAUCAUCAACAUCAUCAUCAUCACAAGCAUCGUCAUGCUGUGCAGAACGAGGAGUAGAUAGGUGAAGAUCAAUGGCUCCUUGUGGCCACACAUGGACACAAUUAUCAAUUCCAUGGCACAUGCAUUCACCGAUUCAUAUCCCACAUGCUGGUCUUUAAUAGUUUAUUGUUUUUGUAUCUUUAGGGCCAGAGUUGACUUAAUUAGUUUUUUAGUUCAUGUCAUGCAUGCUUUUAUUAAUUUUUUUUUAUAUAGUCUAACUUUAUUUUUAACAACUUGUUUAAGUUAAAAAUUUUGACAAAUUAUUCGAAAUUUGUAUCUUUUUAUACAUAUAUAUUUUUUUUUGUGAGAGUAUACAUAUAUGUAUAUACAUAUAUAUGUAUAUGUAUAUUUGUAUAUUUAUAUAUGUACACAUAUUGUUUUAUAUCUCUCUUAUAUUAGGAGUCUGUGAUUUAGAUGUGGUUGAAUUUUUUGCUUAAAUUAUCAUAGAAUUGUUGGAACCUCAAAACUAAUUUCGAUACGAAUAUAAAAAAGUAGAUAUAUAUACAUAUAUAUAUAUACUAUAUAUUAAAAAUACAUAUUAUUCAAGCAGUUGGCCCUUGCUAGCAAAAUAUAAACAAAUGUUAAAAAAAAAAAAAAAACUGCAUUUGAAUUUAGAAUGCACGAGUAUUUGCAAGGACAAUGCAAUUAUAUUAGGCUAAACAACCCAUGAGUAUUUAUACGCACACAUACAGUUUAUAUACAUACAUGCAAGCAUAAGCACGCACACACACACACACACACACACACACACACACACACACACACACAC